CGCCAUUUCAGGCCUGCCUGUUCUCAGUUUAGUCUGAGUCACUACUGGUGUACAGGCUUGAGGUUUGGUUCUCACACGCUCUGCCAUGUUUAUCUCACUAUUUAUUCUUGUUGCAGUUACUGUGACUGAGGAGCAUCCAACAGUGUCGCAGGGUACAGUUGCAGAUGGAGACACUGUUCACCCUGCACGCAUUUAUGGACCUUUGACUAGUGAACUUAGAGUUGGGGAAGAUUUUGAAGUGAAGUGCAGCACAUUUGGAUUAAAGAAAGAUGAACACAUCUUUGUUUACCUCUGCAAGAACGGAGUUGGUAUAAAAAUGAUGGAAACCAAAAAAGUGGACUCUGAAAUCACUAUAAGAAAUGUCCAAAAAGACCACACUGGAAACUACAGCUGUGUGUUCUCCAGAACACGACACCCCACAGAGGUGAAAAGAAAAGGAGAAAAUGUCAUCUCCCUCCAAGUGACAGAUAAAGUAUUCCCAGCAUGGAUAGAUGUGAAUCAGUCCACAUCCCAGUCCCACAGUGUAACAUCAGGGACAGACGUGCUUUUCGGUUGCAGGUCAGAAAAUGCCCCAGCCUCUGUCAUUCUCAUGGCAUUCCUAUGUAGGAAUGAAACAAUCAUUGAUGUUGAACUGUGGGAUUCUCAGAAGAAACAGGCCAGUUUCCUUCUAAAAAGAGUGCAGAUUGGCGACACAGGUAGCUAUGGCUGUUUGGUGUCUGACCGACCUAUGGCUGCAAGAAAGUUGGACACGUGUGGAAAGAAUUCAGUGCCUCUGCAGGUUGAGAAUGGAGAACCGGAUGAGUUGGAUGAAUGUGCGUCCAGCGGAGCUGCAAUGGCCCCCCUGUACCUGCUGCCCUCCCUCGUCCUGCUCGUCCUCCUGGUUUUACUGCUCUGGAGGAACGGGAUACACAAGCAGAUGAGAUCUCCAAAGGUCACAACUGAAAGUGCACAUUUUCACACACCUGAACAGACCUCAACAGCGCAAAAUCAUUUUGAUUUUACUAACACAGGGCUACAGAUCCCCAUGCAAACGUUUUACGCAACAACUGGACAACCUAGUGUGAAUAGAACUGAUACAGGGCUACAGAUACCUGUGCAAACAUUUUACACAACCAGUGGAGUGCCUGGUGUGGACGGGACUGAUACAGCAACGUCACACAACAUACAACAAGAUCAAGGAAACGACAUAAGCUCCAGUGAGUGGAGUGACGAUGAAAGUUAUCAGAAUAUAGCCACAUACCAGGAGAUACCCGACCUCACUCAGGAGGAGGCUAUAAUAGCAGCUAUCAACGCAGACCCAAGAGAAUCAUUGGUAAGACCUCGAAUAAGUGCGACAUAUGCAACAUCGAAGAGACAAAAGAAGCCCACCUAAACCUACGGAACUGUAUCACCAUACGUUUUAGCACAAUUUGUAUUCUUGAAAUUCAGUGUAAUAUUUUGUAAUAAUGUGUGUAAUGUAACAACAUUAUGUAUGUGUGAAUAUUACUCUUUAGAAACCAAGCCAAAGCUAUGACACAGUAGAUCGUAUGAUCAACAAAAGUGAAAUACAAAAGUGCUUAAGUGGGUAGACAGAGGCACUAUGUAUCUUGUACACAUCUGUAAAAUCUCAGAUUCUAAGUAAAAGUCAUGUCAGCGUAUAGUGUGAAGUUCAUGUGUAACAAACUUGUUGACCUAACUCAGUAAAGCAAGAUGAGCUGA